GGAAUUCCAUGGGCUGACAGUGCUGGGAUUUGGGGAAUUCCAUGGGCUGGGCAGUGCUAGGAUUUUGGGAAUUCCAUGGGCUGGGCAGUGCAGGGAUUUUGGGAAUUCCAUGGGCUGGGCAGUGCUGGAUUUGGGAAAUUCCCUGGGCUGGGCAGUGCCAUUCCUGCUGUUCCUCCUCUUCCAGGGGGACUCCUGGUGGGAUUCCCUGAGGAUCCCCUUCCCAGCCGGAUCCUGCCGGGCCCCGAGCUGGAAUAUUACAUCCAGAGAUUCCAGAAAUCCAGCUUCAGGGGGCCCCUGAACUGGUACCGGAACAUCCGAACCAACUGGAACUGGGCCCUCUCCGCCAGGGACAGGAAGAUCCCGCUUCCGGCUCUGAUGGUGACGGCCGGGAAGGACCCGGUGCUGCUUCCCAGCCUCAGCAAGGGCAUGGAAAACUGGAUCCCGCGGCUGCGCCGGGAGCACCUGGAGGAAUGCGGGCACUGGACGCAGAUGGAAAGGCCGGCGGAGGUGAACAGGAUCCUGCUGGAGUGGCUGGAAGGGCUCCCGCCGGACGUCCCUUUUCCCGGGAAUUCCCGGCUGUGAACGGGAAUCUUUCCCAGCUUUCCCUUCCCUUCAUCCUGUUUUCCCGGGAAUUCCCAGCUGUGAACAGGAGCCUUUCCCGGCUUUCCUUUCCCUUCCCUUUUCCCGGGAAUUCCCGGCUGUGAACAGGAGCCUUUCCCGGCUUUCCCUCCCCUCCAUCCCCUUUUCCCGGGAAUUCCCAUCUGUGAACGGGAAUCAUUCCCAACUUUCCCUUCCCUUCCCUUUUCCCGGGAAUUCCCGACCGUGAACAGGAGCCUUUCCCA